CAGUAUAGGAAACAGGAGCUUUUAAAGAUAAUCCACUGUAAUCUGGAACUGGUUGCCCAGGCCCUGAUAAAUGAGAGAAAAUAAGAGCAAAAGUACCAGAAAGGAGAUUCUUUAUUCUUGAGGUGAGAACAAGAGAGUGUAGAGGCUCAUCAGGUAAAGUGCUCGGAAUAUCAACUUGCUUUUGCAGAGGUGGGGCUGUGUGUGCAAAGUGAUUAAGACAAAGGAGUGGAAGUCUGAGAGAAGACAUCCAUCGAAAAGACAUUCGUCUAAACUUGCAUAUCCAGUAACAGGAACAGUCUUGGCAACAUGGCCAAUGCCCUGGCCAAUGCCACCUGUGAGCGCUGCAAGGGGGGCUUUGCGCCCGCCGAGAAGAUAGUAAACAGUAACGGGGAGCUGUACCACGAGCAGUGCUUCGUGUGUGCCCAGUGUUUCCAGCAGUUCCCAGAGGGACUCUUUUAUGAGUUUGAAGGAAGGAAGUACUGUGAACAUGACUUUCAGAUGCUCUUUGCUCCUUGCUGUCAUCAGUGUGGUGAAUUCAUCAUUGGCCGAGUUAUCAAAGCCAUGAAUAACAGCUGGCAUCCUGAGUGCUUCCGCUGUGACCUCUGCCAGGAAGUUCUGGCAGAUAUUGGAUUUGUCAAGAAUGCUGGGAGACAUCUAUGUCGCCCCUGUCAUAAUCGUGAGAAAGCCAGAGGCCUUGGAAAAUACAUCUGCCAGAAAUGCCACGCCAUCAUCGAUGAGCAACCGCUGAUAUUCAAGAAUGACCCUUACCAUCCAGACCAUUUCAACUGUGCCAACUGCGGGAAGGAGCUGACUGCUGAUGCCCGGGAGCUGAAAGGAGAGCUGUACUGUCUGCCGUGCCAUGAUAAAAUGGGGGUCCCCAUCUGUGGCGCUUGUCGACGGCCCAUUGAAGGGCGCGUGGUGAAUGCUAUGGGGAAGCAGUGGCAUGUGGAGCAUUUUGUUUGCGCCAAGUGUGAAAAGCCAUUUCUUGGACAUCGACAUUAUGAAAGGAAAGGCCUGGCAUAUUGUGAAACCCACUAUAACCAGCUAUUUGGUGAUGUUUGUUUCCACUGUAACCGUGUUAUAGAAGGUGAUGUGGUCUCUGCUCUGAAUAAGGCCUGGUGUGUGAACUGUUUUGCCUGUUCUACCUGCAACACUAAAUUAACACUCAAGAAUAAAUUUGUGGAGUUUGACAUGAAGCCAGUCUGUAAGAAGUGCUAUGAGAAAUUUCCGUUGGAGCUGAAGAAAAGACUUAAGAAACUAGCUGAGACCUUAGGAAGGAAAUAACUUCCUUUCUUUUGUUUUUUCUCUUCUGUGCAAAGAAAAGAGAUUACCAACAUUACUUGACUUGGUCCACCCUGUUUAAAGCUGUAUCUCAAAAUGAGCGUGAAGAGGGCCUAUAUGAAUGGUUUUCUUUAUCUCCUUUUUCUCAUUAAAAAAGAAAAAAAGCUUGUGUAAUCAUAUUUAAAACACAGAUGAGAUCAUGAUGCUUUUAUUAAAUACCCUAUCAGUUUGUUGAAAUGUAGACUAUACUUAACAGCAAAAACACAUGGUUAAAUGUUACAUGUUAAUCAAGGUCCAAAAAAAUUAAUUUAACUUUUAAAAAUGAAAAUAGGGAGUCAGCUUUCACAUGACUCAGAUACAAUAGAAACAUUAUUUUACUUUGUAUUUGAAAGAAAAUAAAUUCCAACAGCUGUUGGGGAGGAUAUAAGGAAGAAAAAUAACCAACCAAGAAAAACAAAUCUUGUAGAAUGUUAGUAUGUUUAUCAAACUAGUAGUUAUAAAAUGAAUAUACACAUUACUAAGACAAGAAACAAGUGCAUUCAAAACUACUUGAUUUCAUUUUUUGUUAAAUUCAAUAAUUACUAUGCUUAGUUUUAUAUUUUGUUCUCCUUGUGAAACUCUUCCUUCAUACAGUUACUUAACAUAGUAGUUAUAGCUAGCUAAUAGUAUGCCUUUUUAAAUUUUUUGCAAAAAAAAUUUAUACUAGACAUUUGAAAAUUCAGUACACUUUACAAUAUUGGAAAAAAUGAAGUAUUUUUUAAUGGAUUACAGCAAUUAUGCUUCUAAGCUUAAGGUCAAAGAUGUAGUCUUAGAAUAGGACACAAAAUUAAAUUUUAUGUAGCUUAGAAUGUAUCGCUUAAAAACAAGUGAAUUUAUAUGUAUUGGUCUUCUUGCCUUUAUAACCAUGCUGACUAAUAUCUGUGCUUCAUACAUAAUCAAACUUGCCUUGCCUUAGAAACAUACUUAAUUCAGGAAUCCUAGCUGUUUCGUGCAAUACCAAAAAUAAGUGCAUUGAUUGAGAUUUGUAAACCCAAAUUCAUUUGCCACCACUAAGAUGAGAUUUUUUUUUCCUCUCCUUUUUUUGGGAAACACAUUGAAAUUAAUUUUUGUCAUCUUAUUAAAAGAAUGAUAUUGAUAUGUGUUUCAAGUUUUUCAUUUCAAAUCUCAUAAUUGGAUUUUAUUUAAGUAGGAGGUAAAAAUGACAUUUUUAAAUUGGAAGGGGAUGUUUAAAUGUCAAUUUUAGAUCAAAAGUAGUGAAUCAUUCUACUUUAUAAAAUGUUUUUUAAAAGUUUAUCCUGGGGCGCCUGGGUGGCGCAGUCGGUUAAGCGUCCGACUUCAACCAGGUCACGAUCUCACAGUCCGUGAGUUCGAGCCCCGCGUCGGGCUCUGGGCUGAUGGCUCAGAGCCUGGAGCCUGUUUCCGAUUCUGUGUCUCCGUCUCUCUCUGCCCCUCGCCCGUUCAUGCUCUGUCUCUCUCUGUCCCAAAAAUAAAUAAACGUUGAAAAAAAAAA